AGUUACUUUUAUGUUUUAAAAUGUAUCUUAAGUUAUUUGUACGAAUUUCGGCACAAAAGAGGAAGCAACAAAUUAGAGGCUACCUUCAUAAGCGUAAUAUUCAUCUGGACACCAACGAGCCUGUAAAUAAUGUGUCUGUGUCACAUUUAAAACAUUGUUUCAAACAAGUAUGUUUACCCGUAAUAGAUGGACAUACAUGUAUUAUAGUAGAUUGUCCUAUAUGCAACAAUCUAAAGAAAGAAUCAAAGCUUUACGUAAAUAAAACAACAGGGUACUUUAUGUGCGAUAAAUGUAAAUUUACUGGUUCCUGGGACAUACUAGACAAACUUUUAUCUAGAGGGAAAUCAAAUGAAAAAUUCAAGGAACUAGAUGCGUUAAAAGCACAUUCACAAUGGGAAGAUUUUGAUAAUAAAUGGGAAGAUAUAAAGAAAAGCUGCCGAAAUAUCAAGGACCUGACCAUGGAGGAAUAUGAAAUGCUUCUCAACAAUUUUUCGUUUCCACAUAUUUCGCAAGAAGAUAUGAGCCAAUUGAACUGUAUUUACGAAAAGACAUCCGAUAUAUUAUAUUUUCCGUUAAUAGGGCUAAACAAUUCUAUUGUUGGAUAUAAAUCCCUUACACCCGGCGCAACGACAGAGCAAACAGUUCCUACAUCCGGGGUCAGUGGAUGCAUUAAAUACAAACACAAAAAUAGUAAAAAUGAUAAUACUGCUGUGAUUGUAGGAACCAUAGAUGAUUUGCUAGCCGUGGCGUCGCAGAAAUCAACAAAUGUAAUUAUCUGUCUUCCCUACAAUUUAAAAAGUCUACCCCAACAACUACUACCAUACAUGGAAUCCUACAAGAAAUUGAUUUUAUGGUUUGGAAAUGAUGAAAUAAGUUGGUAUACUGCUAGACAAUUUGCGAAAAAAUUAGGUGAAAAACGAUGUUAUUUCGUGAGACCGACAAAUUUCCAACCUCGGCCAAAGUUAGCUGCUGAUAUGGGCUACGACUUGAAAAAUAUUAUUAAAAAUGCUCAGUCUGUAUGGCAUCAAUCUAUAACUACCUUUCAAGAACUCAGGGAAGAAGUAUUAAGCGAUUUACAGAAUAUUGAUAAAGUACAAGGUGUGAAAUGGAAGAGAUAUCCAGCUCUAAAUCGUAUACUGAAGGGUCACAGAAGAGGAGAAUACACAAUACUAACGGGGCCAACGGGAUGUGGUAAAACAACUUUUAUGAGCGAGUAUUCUUUAGAUUUAGCGAUGCAAGGUGUCAAUACCUUAUGGGGUAGCUUUGAGAUAAGGAAUUCACGAUUAGCAAGAACAAUGUUGCAACAAAUGGUGGGGGUACCUUUGGACGAGCAUCUUGAACAUUUUGAUUCAUAUGCGGAUGCCUUUGAAAAAUUACCAAUUUAUUUUAUGACAUUUCAUGGCCAACAAAGUAUUAAAGUAGUGAUGGAUGCAGUUGAGCAUGCAACUUAUGUUCAUGAUAUAGCUCAUGUAGUAAUUGACAAUGUCCAGUUCAUGAUGGGAACAUCAGAGGAUACUAAACAUUUAGACAGAUUCUGGAAACAAGAUGAUAUAAUUGCGAGAUUCCGAAAUUUUGCCACCAAGAACAAUUGUCACGUAACAAUGAUAAUACAUCCGAGAAAAGAGCGUUUCGAAGGAGAAUUAACAACUUCCUCAAUUUUUGGAAGCGCCAAAGCGAGUCAGGAAGCAGAUAACGUGCUUAUUAUUCAAGAUAAAAGACUUCAGUCUAUCCGAGGCAAAAAAUAUUUACAAGUGGCCAAGAAUAGAUAUAGCGGAGAUUUGGGUAUCAUGAUAUUAGAGUUUGAAAAAUCUAGUCUUAGUUAUUCCUCAAAACUGAAACCAAAAGAUGGAAGUACCGAGAAAGGAAAAUCCUCAACAAAAACACAAGUAACAGAGUGA